GUUCCGCCAUUUUGUAAGGGUAUAAGAAAAGUCAGCCAGGCAACAGACUUGUUGGUCUAACUUGUGUAGCUAGUUCCGUGUUGUGCAAUGGACGGCCGUCUAGAGACUGAUUUGUAUCCUAUGGGAUCUACUUACGUCACUGAACUAGACAGUGUCCACGAUAUUACAGUUGGUACAAAGAGAGGAUCAGACGAGCUUUUCUCCUGCGUUGCCAACGGACCCUAUAUAAUGACCAGCGCAGCAGCCAAUGGCAACGACAGCAAGAAGUUCAAAGGUGACAUAAGGAGCCCGGGCAUCCCGUCGCGCGUCAUCCACGUGCGCAAGCUCCCCAACGACAUCAACGAGGCAGAGGUCAUCUCCCUGGGCCUGCCCUUUGGUAAAGUCACCAACCUGCUCAUGCUCAAAGGAAAGAACCAGGCCUUCAUAGAGAUGAACACAGAGGACGCGGCUCAGACCAUGGUCAGCUACUACUCCUCGGUGACGCCAGUCAUCCGCAACCACCCUAUCUUCAUGCAGUACUCCAACCACAAGGAGCUCAAGACGGACAACUCCCCCAACCAAGUGAGAGCCCAGGCGGCACUGCAGGCAGUGAACGCGGUGCAGGCAGGGGGCAUGCCCAUGGCAGGGGGCAUGCCCAUGGCAGGGGGCAUGCCCAUGGCAGGGGGCAUGCCCAUGGCAGGGGUGGAUGCCUCGGGUGGCAUGGGCGGGCACAGCCCCGUGCUGCGCAUUAUAGUAGAGAACCUCUUCUACCCCGUCACCCUGGACGUGCUGCAUCAGAUCUUCUCCAAGCUCGGCACGGUGCUGAAAAUCAUCACCUUUACCAAAAACAACCAGUUCCAGGCCCUGCUGCAGUACUCUGACGGUCUGACCGCUCAGCACGCUAAACUGUCUUUAGACGGGCAGAACAUCUACAACGCCUGCUGCACCCUCCGCAUCAACUUCUCCAAGCUGACCAGCCUGAACGUGAAGUACAACAACGACAAAAGCCGCGACUACACGCGGCCUGACCUGCCCACGGGAGACAGCCAGCCCUCCAUCGACCACCAGGCCAUGGCUGCAGCCUUCGGUGAGUACUAUGGUGCUCCCGGGAUCAUCUCGGCCAACCCGUACGCAGGAGCUCAUGCCUUCCCCCAAGCCUUCGCCAUUCAGCAAGCUGCAGGCCUGACGAUGCAUGGUGUUCCCGGAGGCCUGGCCCAACUGACCAUGCCCGUGGCUGCAGCCGCGGCGGCUGCAGGCAGAAUGGGUUUCCACCAACUGUCCGGUGGCCACUGUGUCAUGCUGGUCAGCAACCUCAACCCAGAGAGAGUUACGCCCCAAUGCCUCUUUAUUCUUUUCGGUGUAUAUGGCGACGUGAUGAGAGUGAAAAUCCUGUUCAACAAGAAGGAGAACGCUCUGAUCCAGAUGUCUGAUGGGACUCAGGCGCAGCUAGCAAUGAGCCACCUGAAUGGCCAGAGGCUCCAUGGGAAAGCGCUGCGUGUCACCCUGUCCAAACACACCAAUGUCCAGCUGCCCCGCGAGGGCCACGAGGACCAGGGCCUGACAAAGGACUACAGCAACUCCCCCCUGCACCGCUUUAAGAAGCCCGGCUCUAAGAACUACUCCAACAUAUUCCCUCCCUCAGCCACCCUGCACCUCUCAAACAUCCCUCCCUCUGUGGUUGAGGAUGACCUCAAGAUGCUGUUUGCGAGCUCCGGUGCAAUGGUCAAGGCCUUCAAGUUCUUCCAGAAAGACCGCAAGAUGGCCUUGGUCCAGAUGAGCUCAGUCGAGGAGGCCAUAGAAUCCCUCAUCGAGUUCCACAAUCACGACCUGGGUGAGAACCACCACCUGAGGGUCUCCUUCUCCAAAUCUACCAUCUGAGGGGGGCAGCCCAAAACGCUACUGCUAAUGGGCCGCCCCAUCCCUUCACGACCUCUACUAUGUCAAGUUGUGGGAAAGCGACUCUUCAGUCGUAAAGUAGCAUCCACCACAGAAAUCACUUCCAUCAUUCCUAGUAUAUUAUAUUUAUAUUCCAUUAUCUAUAUAAAUCGACAUAUAAACCAUAUGGAAAAGAAAAGUGCACACCUGAUUUUACAGGGUAAUUUUUUUUUUAUAUAUUUCUUGCCUUUUUUGAGAGGUAAAUGAAUUCCUUGCUCUCUCUUUGCACCGACAGAAGUAGUUUACACUUGCCUGUCUAAGAGUCUGACUUAAGACUCGCGUAGCCUAAACUUCAGUCAGAAAAUUAUAUUUGCCCUUGGGGUCCAGCACCACUAGGUUCUGAGGUACUUUUGUGAUGCCUCAUGUCCUCUCUGCCUUCAGAUGUUUUCUGUGCCUUACUCCAGAAGUCUUAUGUCCUUCAAUUUGAUACUUUGGCAUUUUACAAGCAAAUUUUGUUUUGGCUAUCUUCCCCUCUCCAAUCCUUGUUUGUGAAGACCAGGUUUACAGCUGAUAUGGGUUUACUGUUUGUAUAAAAUGUAUUACAAGGUGGUUCAUUUCUUUUUAUGAAGGUAUUCUAUUUAGUCUUAUUUUAAAAUGCCCUCUUAUUUUAAAAGUAAGAUGAGCUAGUUAGUUGGGAAGAUUAAAUCCACAACUCAUCUAGCUUUUUUAUUUUUUAAAUAUAUAAACCCCUUGUAUCAGGGUUUGAUUCCUAGUCUUGUUUACUGUAUGUCUAGAUGUAGGUUGUUUGCAUUUUAUGAAAUUUAUGCAAUAAGUUUUGUACAAAUCCAGUAUUGUACUUUGUUAUUCCUAUAUACUGUUGGUUGUAGCUGAUAGGUAUUGGUCAGUGGUUGCCUUAACCACUGUGCCUUUGCAAAAUGUCUAUUGCUAGAACUUUCCUGAUGUCUUGUGUUUGUUUUAUGAUUUUUGUCUUAAUGGCUUGCCUCGCCUUUGAAACACUACAGCGCAAAACCAAAUAAGGCCUUUUUGCAAGUUAUUUUAGCGAACCUGUACACACCGCUUUAUUCAUAAUUCACUACCACAGAGUUGUGGUAGUCUGCCUGCCAAUUAGCACAUUUACAAGGCUCUUACGGGGCUCAGAUAUAUGCAGACUAUUGCAGCUCUGCUGCUGUGAAAUAUAAAAUAAACUUCAGAAUUGGAAGUGUCUCAAGUCAGUUGAAUUCCAAGAUGAAUGAUGGUAAUUUCACAUUUACACGUGCUCGUAAAACAAGAGCGAAUACUUUCAUGUCUGCUACUCGGGUUAGUGUUUUCAAAGGCCUCACAAGAGGGGUUAGUAGCCAUAUGUUAUAGGGCUGUGACUUUUACUUAAUGCAGUCAUUGCUAAUGGCAAUACGGCACCCUCUGUCAUGGUAGUCUAUGGACUGGACUUGUGGCCUGGACAACGUUCAGCUUAAAUUGAGAUCCAUUUAGCUAUUUUGGAGAAGUGCCUUUCAAACAAAGCCUUUUUUUGGUCUGUUUAGGAAAUGCGCACAUCCGGAAUAAAUGUAAUCGUCUGCAGUGAUUCUAGGUGCUUGCUACAUUGAAGGUGGACACAUUGUUGUAGAUCACAUUUAAAAGAUCAUUAUCAACUAUCAGUCUUAAUACUUGGACAUUCCACGUGUGCAUCAUUUUCUGUUGGGGAAAUGUUUCUGUUAUUUUAGGUUUUCUUACUUCUAACAAUUAAUUGUGCAUCAAGUUCCUAUUAUUAAGUUGAACUGGUGCAAAGCAAUAAUAUAAUUUCAGGGUCAUGUGAGUAACCCCAGUGCUCAGACGCUACGUUCGAUCACUUAAGUGUUCUUGAACACAUCAGUUGAUUACAUGCUAACCUAUUCAUAAUUGGACUCCAGCAAUGCAGAAGAAUCCCAAUUUUGUUUGUAGAUUACUCAAGAAUACGUGACACUUGUCUCCAUAUCACUAUGUAGCAUGUGUUGAUAUUAAAGGUAUUUUACUUGCUUUGCAUACCCCAGGCCAUGGCAGGAGUGGAUUUCUCAAUUAUGCAAAAUUGCACAGCAUUUAAAA